AUGACUGUCACUUCCAAACCCUCAAGGUUGUUUCUUCCAGUCGCCGUCGGGUCUAGAGCUCUCCAACAUCGGGUAGUCCUUGCCCCACUCACCCGCUUCCGAGCGACCAAGAAGACGCACGUCCCAAUUAACCCGCUUGUGAAAACGUACUACUCCCAACGUUCCAGCACACCCGGAACGCUACUCAUCACAGAGGCUACCGUCAUCGCACCUCAGGCAGGAGGGUACGAUAAUGUGCCCGGAAUCUGGAGUCAAGAACAGGUUGCAGCGUGGAAAGAGAUAACAACUGCAGUUCACGCCAACGGAUCCUCCAUUUUUUUGCAACUUUGGGCCCUUGGACGCGCAGCCAACCCUUCGGUGCUCUCUGAUGACUCCCUCCCUUACGUCGCCCCCUCCCCUAUCCCUCUCUCCGACCGUCCCGCCGAAUCUCCCACGCCCCGCGCACUUACCACGUCCGAAAUAAAGGAAUUUAUUAACCUCUACGCUGUCGCCGCUAAGAACGCCGUGCACGAAGCAGGGUUCGACGGUGUCGAGAUUCACGGUGCCAAUGGGUACCUCAUCGAUCAGUUCUUACAAGACGUGAGUAAUCACCGAACGGACGAAUAUGGCGGGAGUGUCGAAGGACGGAGUCGGUUUGGUUUAGAGGUUGUAAAGGCUGUAGUCGAUGCCGUUGGUGCGGAGAGGACGGGUAUUCGGGUGAGCCCAUGGAGCAAAUUCCAAGAUAUGGGGAUGACGGACCCAAUACCCCAAUUCACGCACUUCGUCUCCUCAAUCAAAUCCGCCCACCUAGACCUCGCGUAUCUGCACGCCGUAGAAGGACUCGCGAGCACGGGCGCUGCGGACGGCUGGCACCUCACGGGGGAAUCAAUCGACUUCCUCCGUGAUAUUUGGGGACGGAAGCCUUUCAUCAGCGCCGGUGGAUACACGCGCGAGAGCGCAAUUGCGCGCGCUGACAAGGACGGUGAGGCGCUGGUAGCGUUUGGGAGGCAUUUUAUUUCGAAUCCUGACCUUCCAACACGCCUACGCAAGGAUAUUCCUCUGACCCACUAUAACCGGAAGACGUUCUAUAUACCUGGAGAUCAGCCUGGUGCUGAGGUUGGAUACGUUGAUUACCCAUUCGCUCAGGAUACACAAAAUGUGGAAUCUCAGGUUUGA